AUGACAGUUUCAGCACCUAAAAAGUUUCUUUGUUUAUGUGGAUAUUUGCAAAACGGCAAAAUUUUUGCGGAAAAAUCGUCAGGAAUCAGAAAGAUUUUGACCAAAAAAUUAAAUUUUCAGUUAGACUAUAUUGACCCUCCAAAUAAAAUUCCUUCAAAGGAAAGCUUGCCAUUUCAACUUGCAGACACAGAAGAGGAGGCAAAUACUAAAUGGGAUGGGCUUGUUCAACUUGACAUAAAUAGAUGCUGGUGGGCAGCGCACAAUGGAGCAAACUACGAAGGAUUUCAAAAUUCACUUAAUUAUGUGAUGAACUAUAUACAACAGAAUGGACCAUACGAUGGAAUUAUUGCAUUUUCUCAGGGAGCAGCCCUUGCUUCAAUAGUUACCAAUACAAUUAGAAAGACUUUGCCCGAAUCUUCAUACUUUGGAGUUUCAAUUUUAAUUUCGGGAUUUGUGUUUACUGAGGUCAAAAAUCCAGAAGAAGAUGAUCCUGCCUCAAUCCAUUCUAUAGAGAACUUUGAUGAAUACCUGUCAAAAAUUAAAAAGAUUGAUACAUACUCAGACUUGUUCACGCCGCCAACUUCAAAGGAUUUUACUACUAAGGUUGUGAUUGUCUACGGAGAAAAUGAUAAUGCUGUACCUCCAGUUCGUUCUCAAUAUUUGGCCUCCACAUACAAUUCGGAGAAUGUCAAGGAAUUCAAACAUGAUGGAGGUCAUUUUGUUCCUAAUAAGAAACAGUUCUUGAAUCCUAUAGUUGACGUCAUCAGUGAACUGUUUGAAAAGAAACCCAACUUGUAA